AUGAACACGCAGACGUCGUGCCAGGCAUGGACGAUCCUGGAGAGGAUGUUUGCCUCCAGGACACGCGCCCGUGCUAUUCAGACGCGUGUGCAGCUUGCCAUCGCCAAGAAGAAAGGUACGUCGGCUGCUGAAUAUUUCCGCCAGAUGAAGGCAUUGGCGGACACGCUCGCCGCCAUCAGCCAACCCCUGAGCGAGGACGACAUCAUCGCCUACAUCCUCGUGGGACUCAGCCCGGACUAUGACAGCCUCGUCACCACGCUCACCGUCCGCAGCGACAACCUCACCCUAGAUGAGGUGUACGCUCACCUCCUCGCCUACGAGCAUUGCAACGACCUCCACGAGUUCGAGUACGGGAUUGGUGCCUCCGCCAACUUCUCUCGCCGCGGCGGCGGCCACUCCUCAGGUGGUGGCCAGGGAAGCCAUGGCAGCGGCAACCCAUCUGGUGGCUACUCAUCUGGUGGUGGCGGACGCGGAAAAUGUCGCAACCGCGGUCGUGGGCGCAAUGGUGGCAGCGGUGGUGGCCGCGGCAACGGUGGAGGCACAAGCAGCAACAACUCUGGGGACGACUCACGUCCCAUCUGCCAGAUAUGCGGCAAAGUGGGCCAUGCUACACUCCGCUAUCGUCGCCGCUUCGACCAUGCCUUCACGGGUGAUGUGUUAUCUUCCCUGAGCUGGAGGACUGGCAUGUACUAUUGCUUGCUUGCUUGCUCUCUGUGUGUGUGUGGUGGAUGUAGAGGAGGGGCGUUGUAG